AUGGAAUACAUCGAGGGUGUAGAUUGCAACUCGAAAGACGUCGAGCUGGCUGCGAAAGCUGUCCAGACGUUGAUUAGCCUCGAAGCACCACCAGAUGGCAGAGACAACGCUCGGACACGUUGGUGGGGGAUUUUUAUGAUCAUAUUCAUAAACCACCGUCGAUUCCUUUGUCCUUCCGAUUUCAACAAGGGUAACUUCAGGAAGCGUACUACAGAGGAUGGCCAAUUAAUAGUGGUUACGUUGGAUUUCACGGCGACGUGCUUCAUGCCGCAACCCUUCAUCGAGGUCGCACUGAGGAAAUCUUGGGACAUCUUUUCCCAAAUGGUUGCCAUGAAGGUCACGUAUACUCCGUCGGAUGACGCACUGGCCUUACUCUCCGCCUCUGGUCCUCUUAUUCAGUACGGCUUUGGACCAGUUGCACUCCCAUCGGGCGUCAGUCGUAGGGUGAAUGACACACUGUACCUUUAUGGUUGGCGCUUGUUGCUAUUCUACGUGCCUCGGUCCAAGUUGCUGUCCCGAGGGGGCGGUUCAUAUGGCGAUGAUCGUUUGGGCAAAGGAUUUGGUGGACUUUUCCCUGAAGGAACUCUGCGAAGGAGGUCUCGAUAUAUCGUGAACCGAGUCUGUCUACGAGAGACUAGUCUCGAAAAUACUUUCUUAACAUUGGAAAUUCCUGAAUCUACCCAUGUCCCUUCUCCCGCUCUCUCCGGAAUUCCAUCCUUCUGUGCUGCAAACUCCAUCCUAAGAUACUCAAAACUUCCACGGCGGAAAGACUCUACCCUCAACCCGCAACACAUUAUCAUCAUCCAACAGCAAUUUACAUAUGUUCAGGUGUUGAAGGUUUUCAAAGCGCUUAGGCUGUGGACCAGUUGGACAGAGAAGGCCAAGCUACGCGGAGUUGUCGACUUCACUGCUGCAAGCGCACACCCAUAG